AAAUUAUUAAAAGCUUUAGAAGGCUGGAGAUACAUAUUGGAUCAACCCAUUUCAAAAAAAUCCAGAUAAAAGAAAAACCAGCGCAUACAAGAGAGGGCUCAAAGCCCAAAUUCAAACCCAAUCUAAAUUGGGACACCUGAAUAACACAACCUGGCAAGUCAGCAAAAGAGAUGUGCAGCUGCCGCCACCUGAAACUAAUAUUGGAAUUCAAAGAGAAUUCUCUAAGAAACAUAGAGAAGAGUUCAAUAGGUGAAUUCAAUUAAGCAAGCCAUGCUGCACACUUCAGCUGAAAAACAGGGAUGCUUUUUCGGUUGCUUUCAGCCAGUGGUUUCCAUCAUGUGGACUUUGAAAGUUUUGUCCUUUUCAUGAACUAAAAGCAAAAGGCUAUGAUCCUUUUCUAUCUCCAACAGUGUUUUGCAAAAUAUCUAAAACGGAAUCCGUACCUUAUCAUCUCAAUACAUCAAAUUCUCUCUCUCUGGUGGGCUUCCCUUCUGACACUGACUUCACACCAAUAUUUUUCAGAUAAGCUCUGUAAUUGUAUGGCCUACAUUCUCAAUCUUUAAUAUUUUUCAGUUACAUGUUAAUGUCUUCAAGUUGACAUUUGCAAGAAACUGCUUUAUCUUGAAGAGAAAUCAGAAGGCAGAUUCAUACACCAUGGCUUAUUACAGCUCUAGCUAUUACAUGGAUGAUCAUGGUGAGUACAGUGGCGAUUACCCUUUCAACCCAUAUUAUAAUUCUUAUGAUUCUGCUGCAGUUCAAGCUUCCAUGGCUUAUUCCAGCUACAAAUCCAAUGAUUAUCAAAUUUUUGCCUACGAUCCGAUUCCUCUUUAUGAUCCUGUUUCAAGCUACGCAUCAACAACUGCAUAUUCUGUAUCCAGUUCCAUCGAAUCUAAGUAUGUUCUGCACGAUCCUGAUCUUCAUUAUCCUGCUCAGUCUCAGUUCAUCAUCUCGCACUCUGUUUCAGAGUUCUAUGAGCCUGAUUUUGAAGAAUAUGAUCCAACACCUUAUGGUGGUGGCUAUGAUCUGACUCUGACCUACGGCAAGCCACUUCCACCAUCUGAUGAAACUUGUUAUCCUCGCUCUAAACCUGACCCAGGAACCUUACCCUCAAAUGGAGUCUCUUCUGGGCAAGAACAUGCAGAAACACCAAACAAAGGAAGCCAACCAACGGCCACCAGCGAGCCAGAGAAGCAGCAGCAGCUCGGUGGGUAUGAGCCUGUAGAUUUGUACCCAGGAGAGGAAACCAAGGAAAGGUAUGGUUAUGGCGAUGAAAUUGGCUAUGAGUAUGAGAAACGAGUCGCUGGGCAUGAAAUUCCUUCUGGGUAUGGCUUGGAAGCCAUGGAUAUUUGUGAAGGUUUGUUUGGAUACUGGCCUUGUCUGAGUCGUUCUGCAAGGAGAGCGAAGGAAUGUGAAGAAAUGGCGGAUGUUGGAAAUUGCAGCAAUCAAUGGAAAGGAAGUGCUGAUUAUCUGUUUGGAAGUCCAUACCCUUACGGUGAUACAAGUGAUUCUUGGUCAGCAAGCUGAUCCUGUUUUAAGAUUCAUGGCAUUGUAGAAAGUAAUUUAAAUGUGAAAAAUAUUUUUAUUGAAAAAUGUUGUUUAAGAAAAUAAUUUCUUUAACUCUUAGGUUGUAAUUUAAAAAAUAAUAAUAAGUUUGUGCAUUGAAGUUUAAUGUUC